UUAUCUCUACGACUCACUUUUGGGUCAUUUUCACCUUUCCUUUGUGUCUGCGAGGUUAUUUUCGCCCCCGCCUUCCAUCAUCAUCAAUCAAGGUCCAAUCAUCCGCUGAUGUUAGCUGAAUAGUGUCAUCAAAUGGCACGAGUGUGUCCUUAUCACGCGCAGUCCGGCAGGUGUCCAGCUCAGUCCGCCCCUUGCCAAUAUGUCAAGAGGAGCUGUGCGCUUCUGGCUCGUCCUCGCCCUCCAGCUGCGCUGCGUCACGGUGCUGCUGGCCGGGCCGACGGGGACCCGGGCGGACUCGGACCUCGACAGGAUGCUGUCGGAAAAGCUCGACGUUUUGUUCAAUUGGAAGGAGUUGCUCCGGGGCGCGGCGGGGCAGGCCCCCCACAAGAAGGCGCCUCAGUUCAUGUUGGACUUGUUUCACGCCGUGUCCGUGUCGGACGGGACGAGAAAAAGUCAGAAGGAGAUUCUGGAAGGAAAUGUGGUGAGGAGCUUCGAGGAUAAAGGUCGUUAUGGUGAGAGGUUUCACUUUUUCAACCUCUCUUCCUUCGGAAGAGAAGAGAGGAUGAUUAAAGCUGAGUUCCGUUGGUUUCGAAAGAAACAGAAGCAUUCCUUCGAAAAGUCCUACAGGCCCCAUUUUUACAAGGUGGAUUUGUAUGAAGUACUGGACAGUCAAGUGAAACCUUGGCGAGGAAACCUCAUCACCUCCAGACUGGUUCCUCUUUACACCCAGGGAUGGGAAGUCUUCAAUGUCACACAAACAGUGGCUAAGUGGAUCUGCAACAGCCAAGAUAACAACGGCAUCCUGAUAGUGACCACGCUGCCAUCUGGGACUUGGAUGGACUCUGCGGUUAUGUCAUCCAAGUUUCGUGGAGAGCCAGCAGACACCAACGCCUACUUGGUUAUAUUCUCUGAUGAUGGGAGGGCAGGAGCAUCCAACCACUCGUACUUUGGACCAGCCCAGUCUUCACCUGCUGCUGCUGCUGAACUCCACAACCGCCCCACUAGGAGGCGACGUGGAGCACCCGGGCUCUUACCCCGCGGCCAUUCCCGAUCCUGUCAGAGGGUCUCCCUCUUUGUAGACUUCGAGGAGAUUGGUUGGUCAGGUUGGAUCAUCUCGCCGCGGGGUUACAACGCUUACCACUGCAAGGGCUCUUGUCCCUUCCCGCUGGGAGGUAACCUCCGAGCCACCAACCACGCCACCGUCCGCUCCAUCAUGCACGCGCUCAAGCUGUCCGUGGAUGAAGUCGAAGCGCCCUGCUGUGUGCCCGACAAACUUCAGUCCAUCAGUUUGCUAUAUUUUGAUGACGAAGAGAAUGUGGUUUUGAAACAGUAUGAUGACAUGGUGGCUUUGAGCUGCGGCUGCCACUGAUGCUUCACAAAAAAAUGGGACAGUAAGUGACGGGGAGAUUUUAAAUUUUAAGAUUAUUAUUAUUAGAGACCUACAUCAGCACGAUGAAUGAAUGAGAAAUGAAUUGCCGAUGAGAACGGUCAUGAUGAAUUCUGUACAUCGCAGUGAAUCAUAGCAACCCCCAAUACCCUGCAAAUAUGCCCCCUAGUGGCUGUUUUCAGCAAUGCUUUAUGAACACAGGCAAAAACUUAAAUGUAACAUUAAGGUGAGCAUAAUUCUCCAACACAUUCCCUCAUCAGCAUGCAAAACGUUUUGACAUUCAUUUGUGUUCAUUCUGAAUUUAGCGCGGCAUCGUUUAUAAGAAGUAAUGGAAACUCAGACCACAUUCAUCCUUUAAUAACACACUGCAUUUAAAAUAAAUAUUCCACAUUUACAUUCAAACAUUUGUCUUUUUACAUAUGGGUGCAUUGUCAAUACGCCCUUCUUUAAAAAAAAAAAAGACUAUCUUCUAUCAACUCAUAUUCAGCAGCAGUUGACCAUGCAUCUCUUUUCAGUGUACAUUCAAGUCAUAAGGCAUAAAGGUAAAUCAAUAAAAUGACCGGGGUUAGCGAGUUCAACGGAAAACAAACAUGUAGGCAGCACGGUGGAAUAUUGUGGUUGCAACGUGUGCUUCACAGUUCUGAGUAUUGGGUUUCAAAUCUAGAUUCCAACCUACUCUGGCUGCUUUCCACACAUGCAUAUUGUCUAAAUUGAGGCUAAAUUCUCCAUCAGAUUGAAUUAUUUGUCUGCACGUGGCCCUCAAUUGACUGGCAACCAGUCGGCCCAGUGUGUCGCAUGCUUCUUGCCCAAAAUCAGACAGGGAUACUCUGCAGCUAGCCCGCGUACCUAAUGUCGGCAAACGCUA